AUGCUUUAUUCAUUUUUACCAUCUGAUAAUUAUUUGGCAUUGAAUCCAUUGGUACCAACAUUAUUAGCUGCUGCAGCUGCAUCAUCAUCUUCAAAUUCAACAACAAAUAACAAUGGUACAACAACAACAUCAACAAAUGCUAAUCAUUCUCAUGUUAUUCAUCCAUCGUCUUAUGUGACAUCUUCAUCUUCAACAGAUUCCUCAUCUAGUCAACAUCAUCCAUAUGCAUACACAAAUAUGGUAGCAGCAGCAACAACAGCUAAUAAAAUUUCAAAUACAACAACAAAUCUUGUUGUUGAUUCAAUUUCACAUUUACCAGAAAUAAUUAAUGUACCAUCAUCUUCAUCAAUUAUUGAAACAACGACAACGAAUAGUAAUACACAACAAAUCUCAUCUAAUGAAUUAAUAAAUAAUGAAAAUGCUCAAUCAAAUUCUUCAUUAUCUCAUUCACCACAAUUAACAAGUACAAUUAUACAAAAUGGAACAUCAUCAUCAACAAAUGGUAAUACAACAUUAUCAGGAACAAUACAAAAACGUUUACAUGUAUCAAAUAUUCCAUUUCGAUUUCGAGAUGAUGAUCUUAAAGCAAUGUUUGAACAAUUUGGUGAAAUUAUUGAUACAGAAAUUAUUUUCAAUGAACGAGGGUCAAAAGGUUUUGGUUUUGUAACAUUUGCAUCUAGUGAUGAUGCUGAUGCAGCUCGUGAAAAAUUACAUGGUGCUGUUGUUGAAGGACGUAAAAUUGAAGUCAAUAUGGCAACGGCUCGAUCACAGCCAAAGCCAAAACAAAUUGUAGCAAAUCCAUUUGGUAUAAUGAUGAAUACACGACAACGUCCAACAUUAAUUCAAGCUACACGUGCAGCUACUGCAUUUACAACUGGACUUGCUUUACCCGGUGGAUAUACGAUUUAUCCUGAUCAAUUAGCUGCUUUAAGUGGUUUAACAUCAUAUCCAAUUGCUGCUCAACCACAACCUAGUGUUCGAUAUAUAACAACAAGUGCACCACAUGGCCUUUCUACAACAGGACAACCGACUGGUACUUAUACAUUUGGUGUAUUGCCAAUGACUAAUAGUGUAGGUGCAACAACAGGAUAUAUAAUUAAUGGACCACCAACAACAAAUAUGACUUCAGCUACUACUCAAAUUGGACAUGCUUAUCCGGAAACUGCAUAUAUCACUGCAACACCAACUGGAACCAUCGGCCCUAUCACCGGUAUGCGUAAUAAUGUUCGUUAUGCACCCUAUUAA